AUGCCAAUCUAGAGAAGUUUUCUUCAGGAAUUUGACUCAAAAUAGUUCAGCGAAUUCUCUCUUAGUCUUAAAAAAAUAUAAAAAAUAUUAUUUAAAAUUAGAAAUUAAUAAAUUUAGCAAGACAAGCAAGCAAACUCAACUGUGCAAAACACUAAAUUCCUCAAGAUCUCUCUAACAUAAAAAUAAAUAACAUGA